AACAGGUCUUGUUCUAGUCAUGUGCUCAUGUACCCAUAACAAAUACUCCCUCUGGAAUAAUGAACAAGUACUCCCGUAUGCAUCGCCCAGAUGCAGAGGCCGGGGGUCAUCCUCCUUUUCUAAAAAAAAAAAAGUAACAUCCCAUUCACAAGGCAAGAAUGGGCCAUAAACAUGUGACAUGCCGGAAAUUGAACACAUCAUGUGCUAGACCGAGCACGAGCUUUUCAACUGAAUGUUCACAGAGAAUAGAUUGAUCAGGUGCAUGAACAAUAAACAUUAUCAUGACACUCCAAUCAAGAGAAGCACAUCAAUAUAUGGCAUAUAAUUGAUCAGUGCUCACCGAAAUUGUUCAGUCCCUGAAUCUGGAACCCAUUGUUGUAUUCCUCGCACGUUGCCAGUAGCCAUGUUUUCGACACACCUCUUGUUGGCUACGUGGUUCGGUAUGGCAGCCGCAAAUGAUAAGAAAGCAGACCCAUGCCUACCAAUUGCAACUAUAGGCUCCAGCAUACACCAACAUUUGGCCCCACUCCCCUGCCAACUUUUCUCAAUGACAAGCACAGUUCACCGUCAAGACGUCCUUCCCCUGGCCUAUAAAUUCAGCAAGUGGCUCAGCUCAACACCAUCACUUCUUCAUCCGCUCAUCCCUGCAACAUCCAUAGCUCACUUCUUCAGAUCUCCAGCUGAAAAUUCAAAGACCGAGAAUCAACUAUGGUCGGUGCCAAGAGACUUGCUCAAUUGGCGAAGAAGUUGCAGAGGGUGGAAGCACUUGGGAGGAAGAGGCUCACGGUGUCAGCCAAAGAAGAUGAAGACUGCUACAGUUCUGUACCAGCCAAGGGCCACUGUGUCAUGUACACGGCUGAUGGGGGGCAUUUUGAGGUCCCGUUGGAGUACCUCAGCACGACGGUAUUCGGUGAGCUCCUGAGGAUGUCCCAGGAGGAGUUUGGCUUUGCGAGCGAUGGCGGGAUCACACUGCCCUGUGAUGCUGCAGUGAUGGAGUAUGCCAUGUGCUUGCUCAGGAGAAAGGCCUCCGCCGAGGUCGAGAGUGCAUUGCUGAGCUCUAUGGUAACGUCUUGCCACUACACUGGCUGUGUGAUGCCUACUGUUGGAGACAGCAACCAGAUUUACUGUUUGUAGCUUCUGAAGAACAUGCAUUCAGGACCCUGAUGAUGUCUUCUGUCUUGUGUAGUUU